AUGUCUCCCACCUCAUCCUCGACCGAAAAGACAGGCCUGAGCAAGUUUGUACGAUGCUUCAACUUUCGGUUGGCCUACUGUUGCUCGAUCAUCGCCCUGUCGCAGGUCAACUUCGGCCUGGACCAGGGCGUCUUCUCCAAUACGCAGGCGAUGAACGCCUUUGCGCGUAAAUUCGGUGUCUACAAUCUGGCAACGGAGGUAUACGCGCUUCAAUCGUACUAUUUGUCUCUCCUGAAUAGCCUGACCUACAUCGGCUUCGCUUUUGGUCUGGUCACUGGUAACAUCAUCAGCGGAAAGCUCGGUCGUCGCAACUGCUUCCUCGUCAUGUGUGGCUGGGCUCUUGUCGGCGCUGUCAUACUCGUCACUUCGCACAAUCGGUGGCAAAUGCUAGCCGGUCGAAUCAUCGCCUACGUCUACAUCGGCAUGGAGCUCGCGCUGGUUCCGGUCUUGCAGUCGGAACUAGUACCUCCCUCCGUGCGUGGCUUCGUCGUAGGCACGUAUCAAUCCAGCCUUCUGUUCGGCCAGCUUCUCGGUGCGGUCAUCUGCCGCGGUACUAGUACCGUCGAAGGCGAUAAUUCGUGGCGGAUUCCGCUCGGUCUUUUCUUCAUCAUACCUUCCAUCCUGCUUUGUGGCAUUUGGUACGUGCCGGAGUCGCCGCGUUGGCUACUCGCCAAAGGGAGAGAUGAAGAGGCUAUCAAAUCACUACGGCUGCUACGCGAGGGCAGGUACACGGAGGAGCAGAUCGAGGAGGAAUUUCGCGAGUUUAAGAGCACGUUGAAUAAGACGGUCGAGAACGGUCGUUUCACAGAACUCUUCCGGGGCUCAAACCUCAAGCGAACCCUUAUCGUCAUCGGCGUAAACGUCUUCCUCCAAGGCACGGGCCAGAACUUCAUCUCCGUAUACGGUACGAUCUUCAUUAAGAGCAUUGGAGUUAUCGACGCUUUCUCCAUGACUUCUAUCAACAUCAGCGUCAACAUUGUCUCAGUGCUGAUAACGCAGCUGUUGACGGAUUGCACGGGCCGGGUACCACUGAUGUUUGUCGGCGCAAUCAUCCAAAUGGGCGCACUCUUCACCAUGGGUGGUCUAGGAACCCCUGACAAACCCUCAUUGCCUAUGCGCCAAGGCAUUGUAGCCAUGACGACCAUAUUCGGCUUCGGUUUCCAACUCGGAUGGGCACCCCUCUCGCACGUUGUGGCGGCCGAGAUACCAACCCAGCACCUCCGCGACAAGACGUACGCGCUCGGCUCCUGCUUCAACAUCCUGCUCCAGUUCGCUGUCUCGUUCAGCAUCCCCUACCUCAUCAACGACGACUAUGCCGGGCUGGGAAGCAAGGUCGGAUUCAUCUUUGGAGUCACAGCCUUCUUCGCCGUCUGCUUCACUUGGUUCUGCAUUCCGGAGUGCAGUGGGAAGACGCUGGAGGAGAUUGAUGAGCUGUUCUUGGAGGGCGUGCCGAUUAAGAAGUUCGGCAAGACAAGGACUAGGUCUCAUGUGCAGAUGUAUGAGGAUGAAGAGGAAGAGCGGAUGAAGGGCAGUGUAACUAAGGUCGAGCGUGUCGCAGCUUGA